CUCAAUUUUCCUCCUUCUCCCCUCUAUUCUCUACGAUUCUCUCUCUUCAUCACCUUUCUCCUCUUUCCCUAGUUUUUUUAAAUCCUUGGGAACCCUUUUCAAUAGGAGUAGUUGAGAGGACCUAUACCAGCCGCCUGCCUUUUUCAUAGACCUACACCCUAUCUUUGCGAUCGAGAAGCGUGCAUUACAACAGUCGCCCAUCAUGGACCAGCAGCGGUUCUUGCAGCAGCUGCAAAUCGUCCUUGAUCCGACCAAGGGCAGCGUCAAAGAAGCUACUGGCACACUUAAAAAGGAAUUCUAUACCCACCCAGAAUCGCUCCUUUUCCUCAUUCAGGUCGCCACUUCCCAUGAUGACCAGAAUUUGAGACAGCUUGCUGCUGUCGAAUCUCGAACGCUCGUGUACAAGCAUUGGCUCAAAAUCGCUGCGGAGCAGAAACCACAGGUUAGAGAACAGCUACUCCGUGCUGCCUUAGGAGAAGGUACCUCCUUGGUCCGCCAUUCUUGUGCGCGUAUCAUUUCCGCUAUUGCGAAGAUUGAUAUCGAGGACGGGCAAUGGGCAGAUCUCCCUGGAUUCCUGCUCCAGGCUGCAGCCAGCCCCAAAGCCGACGAGCGGGCUACUGGUAUCUACAUCCUAUUUACCGUCCUCGAAACGCUAGGUGAGGGUUUCCAGGAGAAGUUUAGCGACCUCUUUGCGUUAUUUGAGAAGACUAUUCGUGAUCCUGAGAGUGCUGAGGUCCGCAUCAAUACCCUGCUUGCAUUGAGCAAGCUGGCCAUACAUCUCGACUCCGAAGAGGAUGAGGCACCAGUUAAGGCUUUCCAGAAUAUUUUCCCCGCCAUGGUCGCCGUGCUGAAAGACUCGAUUGACCGGAGCGACGAGGAUCGGAUCCUGCAGGCAUUUGAGGUUUUCCAAACCCUCCUUGCCUGCGACCCACAAUUGAUGAACCCCCACCUCAGGGAUCUUGUGCUAUUCAUGAACCAGGUUGCAGCAAACACCGAGCUGGAUGUUCACACGAGAACUCAAGCCAUUAGUUUCCUCAUGCAAGCGACUAGGUAUAGAAAGCUGCGAAUCCAAGGCAUGCAGAUCGGUAGCCAGAUUACCCUUACCUGCCUUCAAAUCGCUACCGAGCUGGGUGACACUGCCGUUGACGAUGAUGAUAUUACACCAGCAAGAUCGGCGCUUGGUCUCUUGGACAUGCUUGCACAAAGCCUUCCACCUAGCCAGAUUGUCGUCCCUCUCCUCAACGCUUUGGGACAAUACUUCAACAAUAAGGAUCCCGACUAUCGACGCGCUGGUAUCAUGGCUCUUGGUAUGUGUGUCGAGGGUGCUCCUGAUUUCAUUAGCACUCAGAUGAAGGAAAUUUUCCCUGUCGUGUUCCAACUACUUAGCGACCCCGAAUCCAAGGUUCGCCAAGCAACAUUGCAUGGCGUUGCGCGAAUUGCCGAAUCUCUUGCGGAGGACAUCGGCCAACAUCAUCAGCAGAUGAUGCCUCUCCUCCUCACGAAUCUCCGAAGCACAAUGCAGGAGUGGAAGGGCGAAGAGAGUGGCCCAGCCAUCGACAAUAUGAAAGCUGCAAUCAGCGCAUUGGAUGCCGUGGUUGACGCGUUGGGCGAGAGUGAUGUGAUCUUGUACCAAGGAGAGGUGGUGCCAAUUCUCCACGAGUUGAUCAAACAUCCUGACUUCAAGGUGAAAGCUCUUACAGCUAGCGCGUUGGGAUCCAUCGCUUCAUCUGCUGGCGAAGCUUUCCUCCCCUUCUUCAAUGACUCAAUGCAUCUCAUGCAGGACUAUGCUACGAUGAAGGAUAGCGAGGAUGAGCUUGAACUCCGCGCGUGUGUCACUGAUGCGAUGGGAGAAAUGUCUGCUUCUGCCGGGCCAGAACACUUCAAGAACUACGUCGAACCCUUGAUGCGUGCUAGCGAGGAGGCCCUCCAGCUUGGCCACUCCAGACUAAAGGAAAGUACUUACCUUUUCUGGGGCUCUAUGUCCAGGGUUUACGGUGAAGAUUUCACUCCCUUCUUGGAUGGAAUUGUCAAAGGACUCUUCGCAUGCCUUGACCAGGAGGAAACUGACCUUGAGGUUGAGCUGGGCGAGGCUGCUAAGGACCUUAUUGGCCAGGAAGUUACCAUUGCUGGCCGCAAGGUUCGUGUCGCAGGUGGCGAUGAUGACGACCAGGACGUUUCUACGCUUGAUGACUCUAACAUCGAAGACGUCGAUAUUGAUGGUGAGGACGACUGGGAAGACCUAACCACGGUGGGGCCCCUCGCCCUUGAGAAGGAGAUUGCCGUUGAGGUCAUUGGCGAUAUCAUCACCCAUGCCAAGAAAGCCUAUCUCCCCUAUUUCGAAAAGACCAUCGAACAGAUUUUGCCUCUUUGCGAGCAUCCCUAUGAAGGUAUCCGAAGGAGUACUAUCAGCACUCUUCACCGCGCGUACGCUGCCCUCUGGCAGGUUUGUGAAGAGUCUGGUCAGAUGCAGAAAUGGGUGCCUGGCAAGGGAAUGGAUAUGAUUGAGCCACCCGCUGAGCUCAAGAAACUCACCGAAAUUUUGGUCACCGCCACGAUCAAGAUGUGGGCAGAUGAAGAAGACAGAGAGACUGUCGCCGAUAUUAACCGCAAUGUCGCCGAAAAUCUCAAAUACUGCGGACCAUACUUGGUCUCUGACGCUUCCAUUCUUGACAACGUCGUGACUAUGGUCACUACCAUUAUCACCAAGCAACACCCCGCUCAACAGGAUUACGGUGCUGAUGAAGAAGACCGUGCUGCUCUCGAAGAACUGUCCGAGUACGAUUGGGUCGUCAUCGACACUGCCUUGGACGUUAUUUCCGGCCUUGCAAUUGCUCUUGGCGGUAAUUUUCUUGGUCUAUGGCCUCACUUCGAGAAGACCGUCCUCCAGUAUGUUGGCAGCAGCGAACCUCUCGAACGAUCCACCGCCACCGGUGUUUUGGCUGAAAUCAUCUUCGGAUUGGCCGACGCUAUCACACCGCUCACUACCAAAUUCCUUGAACUGCUCCUGCGCCGCCUGAGUGAUGAGGAUUCCCAGACAAAGAGCAAUGCUGCCUACGCCAUCGGACGCCUUGUCGAACGAUCCAACUCUGACCAGGAAAUUAUCCAGGCCUAUCCUACCAUCCUAGAGAAAUUGGAGCCCUGCUUGCAUAUCCCCGAGGCCAGACUCCCAGACAACGCUUCUGGCUGUCUGAGCCGAAUGAUCUUGAAGCAUCGCGACAACGUCCCCGUGGCAGAUGUCCUUUCCGCUCUAGUCGAUCUCCUCCCCCUAAAGAAUGAUUAUGAGGAGAACGAUCCUGUUUACCGCAUGAUUUGCCAACUGUACAAAUGGGAAGACCCAACCGUCCGCAGCCUAACGCCACGUCUAAUCCCCAUUUUCGAAGCCGUUCUUACUGGCGACUCGGACCAGCUCGACGAUGAGCGGCGCGCCGAGCUCAUCGAGCUAGUCUCCUGGUUAAACAAAAUGCAACCGGGAGUGGCGAGCUGGGUCGGACAACUGGGUCAAUAAUUUUUUUUGCCCUCUCAGCCUCUCAGCCAUUUCCUUUAACGAAUUGAGAACGAGGACCAACGACGAUAUGGCACAAAAUAGAUUUUUUUUUUUUUCUUUCUUUCGUUUAUUUUCCCUGUUUACGUUUCGAGGAUCUAUGCAUUAUGAUGUAGAAAACAGAAUACCCCCUCCACUGACUGCACGCACACUAGGCGGAUGAUAUGUGAGAAUGAGAGUGAGCACUGGCAUGGAUGGAAAUGGCAGGGACUGGGCCGGAGAACAUUGGGUAAAAAAGAGUUAUAAUACCGACAUAGCAAGUGGAUGAAUGAAUGAAUGAAUGGAAGGAAUACAACAAUAUACCCCCGCAGCAAGGUGUGUGAAGAGACCAGGGAGCAGUUUUAUCAUGGGGAAUAAAAGAAUAUUUUUUGCAAUGCAUGAUAAUUUUAACAUGGAUUUUGAUUCUAUUUUGAUAUCAUUUGGUAAUAAGUGGCCCUGCGUGUCUUUCAUUGCGAUGGCUAUACUUAGCGUCACUAGUAUUCAGCUGGCAUAAAAUACCAGCGGAUCUUUCGGGCAGAGAGUUUCCGUUCAUAUCAAGUGGAGAUGAGCUUGAGAAGAACUGGGAUGACAUGGAUCUGUAGAGGAUGUAAGGUUGUGUAUUUGAAUAGUCCCAGCAGCUGAGCAUGAGCAAUCCCGUCUUUCCCAAUUCAUUAUUGAUUACGAUUUAGUAUAACUAGUUUACGUUUAUAUACAUACCUCAGCUGUCCCACGUCGGGGUGAGAACCUUAUGGAAAUAGAAAACUUCUGGAAGCUCCCCUUUACAGCGGCCGUCCAAAAAUACCUGCAAAUCCUUUGCCAUCGCUAUAC